AUGAGCAACGCACAAACAGGGAGCUCUGCGGGUGCUAGCUCUGCUGCCGGUCAACGACCAGUGUCCAAAGCAGAAGCCUCGAACCCGCGAGAGUUCCAGCUCAACCAGCUCAGAAGACGGUUCCAUCCGACAGAAACCAGCAAUGACGAUGGAACGACGUUGAGUUUCGGCUUGGCUCCUUCGGAUCCUGACUUUCCGUUUGAUAUGGACAAGCUUCAGUGUAUCUUGCAUGUUCCCGGGACAUUUCCGGCGCAAGGACGGCCGUCUAUCAAAGUCACCAAUCCUGAAAUGGGCAGUGCGUUUCAGGAAAAUAUCUCGAGAGGAUUCGAUGAUAUAGUCGAUAGCACUAUCAGAAGUGGUAGUCGUGGGACUUUGCUCAGCUGGAUGAACAGUCUCGAUCGGCAUUUGGAGCGUUUGCUCACUACUACGGAACGGGGGCCUACGUUGAAGUUCGUGCCUAACGUGGGCGGCAAAGGGAAGCCAGAGGAGCAAAAGCUAGUGUCAAAGAUGAGUUCUCUAGCUGUGUCUUCUGGGAAGAAGGCCAACUCGACUCAGGUUGAAGCAGCGAGCCCUCAGCCUCCGAGACCCGUAUACACCGCGGAAGAGAAGGCCCAGGCGGAGAAAAGAAGAACAGUUGAGACGAAGCAACUUGACGCUCGUCUGGGAAGGCUGCCUCUUUUUCAAAAGUCCAGCGAUGGUCUGUCGUUCGUUAUUCCAAUCCAACCGACUAAGCUAGAUCGUCUGCCUAUUUCUGUUCGCUCCGUCAAGACAGUGAAGCUCCUAGUGCCUAGCCUGUAUCCUCUUGAACCGAGCACUGUUCAUUUGCAGGGCAUUGAUAGCCCAGAAGGGCGUGCUGUGGAAGCUGGCUUCUCGCAGUGGCUUGAAGGGAACAAACAGUUGACUCUCGUGUCGCAAGUGAACUACUUGACCAGCAAUAUGCAUAAAUUCGCCAAAACACCGCUGAAAGCCCCUGAACCAGCUCCUUUGCCUGUGGUAUCUGAUGAUAUAGUACCCAGCGAGCCUCCAUCUCAAGCAGAAGGAGUGACAUUGGAAGAUAAACCACACGUUCACGUUGUGCCCCGCCCUCCUGAAUGGGCUGUGGGUGAUAACGGUAGUGACACUGACGACUCAGAGAUGACUCCGUCUGAGGAUGAGUUUUCUGACGACGAUGAGGAAGAAGGCGGGGCUCCCGUUCCAGAUCUUCCGGAGCCUACGACGACCGAGCGUGGUGUCGCCCUCUCUUUCCCUUUUCUGGAGCUCUACGGAAUCGAGCUUUUGGAGCUUGUAGGUCUCUACAUCACCAUAAAGUGCGAUCGAUGCAAAGAGCAAUUGGAUGUCAGAAAUAUUCCACAGAUCAGGGACAAGAGUGAUGAGUUGUCUCCCAAGAUCGAGAGUUGCAAGAAAUGCGCAAAUACCAUGAGUCUUGGGUUCCGUCGACAGCUUAUGCAUCCUAGCGCCACUCGUGCGGGCUAUCUUGACUUGGAUGGGUGCACAGUCGUGGAUCUUCUGCCUAGUAGCUUUAUCCCGACCUGUGCGGAAUGCUCAACAGCGUUUCCCGCGCCUGGUGUUGUCGCAGUUCGAGGCGAAAGUGCCAUGGCGAAUUGCCGACAAUGUCACCGCAAAAUGGUCAUGAAAAUUCCCGAAGUCAAGUUUCUGAAAGUGGGGUCGGCAGCAUAUUCAUCUCGUUUCCGCGAGCCUCCACGGAAGAAGCCCAAGGAAGUUCUCGGCAUCGUUGCUGGUCAAGAAUUGCCUCGUCGUGGCCGCUGUACGCACUACGGCAAGAGUUAUCGGUGGUUCAGAUUCAGCUGCUGUGCGAAGGUCUUCCCUUGUGAUAAAUGCCACGAUGCCGCUACAGACCAUCCCAAUGAGCAUGCUAACCGUAUGAUUUGCGGCUUUUGCUCACGAGAGCAAAUCUACCGGCCCGAAAAUUGCGGAAUAUGCCGGGCAGUGCUGAUUGGCAAAGCCGGUAGCGGAUUCUGGGAGGGCGGAAAAGGAACGAGAAACAGAGUACUCAUGAGUCGGAAGGAUCCACGUAAAUACAAGCGUCGUGGGGGAACAACACCAGGCGGUGCCAGUUCCUCGAAGAAGUAG